ACACUAUGUUUUGUUUAAAGACACGUAAGUUUUACUACUCACUCGGUGACUUUCUCCGCCUUCAAUGCACCGAGAAAGCGAAGCAAACAAAUUGAUUGCAUCCACCUGUUACUUCAAAUCUUUAUUACUCAUAUAAAAAUAAUAAUAAUAUUUCUCAUAAUAAAUCACUGCACUUAUUAUCAGCAGCAAUACAUCUAUAUUAUAUUGUUUUGGAAUGUACGACAAACAGAGGUGACCCCAUGUGAGCUAGCACCUGCUUUUGCUCUUUCAUUCAUUCACAUCUCUCUCUCUCUCUCUGCCUCUUCCUCCUUCAUCUUAACAACAAUAAUAAUUAUUUCCCUCUUAAAUUCUCCCAUUCUUUUCAUCUAAACGACACCGUAUCUCUUGUCUCCACCACCGCCGGUACAUGAAGCUCCACCACCACCGCCACCGGCAGCUCCACGGUGGUGUGUCAGCUGCUGCUUUCUUGCUUGUCGUUUUGCCUCUUGUUGCUUCUUCUAGUUCUAAUCAUGCUUCUUCUACAGUUUUGUCGGAUGCUAAUGCUUCAAAGCUUCGGCACUCACGUCUGUUUAAGAACGCGUUACAGCGCCAAUCGUCAAAUGAACAGCUGUCUGAUCUUUGGACACCCUUAUCCAACCAAGGAUGGAAACCAUUUUCUGAAUCCACAUCUGCCUCUUCGUCGUUGCCGGAGUCCACGGGAUACAUCCAAGUGUUUCUUGAUGGUGGAUUAAAUCAGCAAAGAAUGGGGAUAUGUGAUGCUGUUGCGAUCGCUAAAAUCCUCAACGCGACACUCAUGAUACCAUAUCUUGAAGUGAAUCCCGUAUGGCAAGACACGAGUUCGUUCACAGAUAUUUUUGAUGUUGAUCAUUUUGUGAAUAUAUUGAAGGAUGAUAUAUCGAUAAUUAGAGAGUUGCCUGAUGAGUAUGCAUGGAGUACACGUGAGUAUUAUGCUUCAGCAAUUAGAUCUACCCGAAUUAAAAACGCUCCUCUUCACGCUUCAGCAAAUUGGUAUCUUGAAAACGUCGCUCCCGUUCUUGAGAGCUAUGGGAUAGCUGCGAUUUCACCGUUUUCACACCGACUAGCUUUUGACAACAUGCCGAUCGAAAUCCAACGGUUAAGAUGCAAAGUCAACUUUGAAGCAUUGGUCUUUGUUCCUCACGUUAGAAGUCUCGGAGAAGCACUUGUGAGUCGUCUCCGGUACCCAAUUGUUGAAAGUAUCGAUGCGGUUGGGACUAAAUACAUUCGACAAGUUAUCGAUACCAAAGACGGCCUAGGAGCAGGCAAAUUUGUUUCUCUACACUUGCGCUUCGACAAGGAUAUGGCUGCUCAUUCGGCAUGCGAUUUUGGUGGAGGAAAAGCCGAAAAAGUGGCUUUGGCGAAAUACCGGCAAACGAUAUGGCAAGGAAGAGUUAUGAACUCGCGGUAUACGGAUGAGGAGUUACGGAACCAGGGUCGUUGCCCGUUGACGCCUGAAGAAAUUGGAUUAUUGCUGGCAGCUUUGGGUUUUGACAACACUACCCGUUUGUACCUCGCUUCACAUAAGGUGUACGGUGGAGAAGCGAGGAUAGCCGCGCUACGGCAACUAUUUCCAUAUAUGGAAGACAAAAAGAGCCUCGCAUCCUCAGCAGAAAGGGCCAAGAUAAAAGGAAAAGCUUCUUUGUCGGCUGCGGUUGAUUAUUAUGUUAGUAUGCACAGUGACAUCUUCAUUUCGGCUUCGCCUGGAAAUAUGCACAAUGCUAUGGUAGGACACCGAACGUACCUCAACUUGAAGACGAUAAGACCAAACAUGGUGUUAUUGGGUCAACUUUUCAUGAACAAAAGCAUGAGUUGGUCGGAUUUUCAAGAAGCGGUUGUAGAAGGGCAACGAAACAGGCUCGGGGAAAUUAAGGAACGGAAACCAAAACAGUCGAUAUACACAUACCCAGUUCCCGAUUGCGUGUGUCAACAACGUUAAUAAGGUGACAACAUUGCUGUGUGUAGUUUUGCCGUCCAUCGCACAUAUUGUAUGUGUUUGUGUUCUUCACUUGAAAUAAGGUGUGUUCUAGCUCGAGCUUUGCUUAUACUGUAUUUUUCCCACGUGGGUGUUGUGUCGAUAGAGGGUUAGCGUGUUACGUAAGUUAUACAGUAACAUACCCACCAUUGAGAUUUCAUUCUCAUGAUGUUAUAUAUGUAUAAUAUAUAUAUUUAGUUCAUUAUUUUAAUCUAUACAAGUGGAACAUUUUGGUCGUGUUAUGUAUGUACAAUGUUCGACACAAUUUUGAGUUACAACGUGACGCAUUCUUAAGGUUGAA